AUGGCAUGCCGAAUUCUCCGCGCACCGGCAUUGGCUCGGAGCCUUUGCCGAAACUUUCCGAAUCCCGAGUGCGUUCCGUGCGGGGAGACGAGGCAGACCGUAUGCCUCGGGAAUCUUCAGAAACGUCAUUACAAUAACUAUAAAACUCACGGCGAAAUGGCGGCCCUCAAGACUCCCUCCGAUGGCACGCUCUUCAGCGAAGAGCCCGAAUAUCCAGAGAUUCUGGAUAUGAGCCCCGAGGGGGUGGCCCUGAGGGAGAGGCAGAAGCACUACGAUGAAGUGAAGAGAAUGCCCACCGCUCACCAUAAGUCAUUCAUAUUGAAUACGGAACGUGGCCGAGAGGAAAUGUAUUACAUCGGGGAUCUCCAUUACAACUCCCUCGAUAUGUACCAGUACGCCACGCGCACCACUCACGAAAUGGAGCAGCCUGCUGCGGAAACCGAUGCUCAGACGGUCGAUUCUGAGCUCGUCUCGUGGAUCGAGGAAGCCAUCCUGACCAGCCAUCUGACCGAGCCGCAGACAGGGGAAUCCCUCAAAUUUAGAGAGAGGAAUCUCGUCCGGUCCAUCCUCGAUGCUAUAAGAUACCAUUAUAAAAUGGCUGACACCGUCGUUCUGGAAGAGCCACGGAUCGAGGCUUUCUGGCAGCACACGAGCUUCAAGACAAAUUUAGACGAGACAAGAUUCGAGGACAAAGAGAAUUUCGCGCCCUGGCUGCAAUUUCGGGGGCAUCCUCAAUUGAUGAUUUCGAGCGAGAUACCGCUCGAGCCGGUCAUCGCCUCGACGUCAGAAGAGAUCUUCCAAGCUGAGCUCCCGAUUUAUGACUACUACCCGGAAGAAUUGGGGAUGCAAAAGAAAAAGCACAGGAUGGUCAGCACAGCAGGAUAUUGGUGCAACGCUCUUCAGUAUCCCCUGCUGACGUUGAGUUCAAUGAAAGAGGUGCUGCCGUCGAGCUUGGACCCGAGCAUAGGCACUGAUCAUUUGAAUGUGUCCGAGAGGAGGCGGCGUUUAGCCGCUCACGGUUUGAUGUUGAAUUUUGCGACAGCAGCCGGCUCAGCCUUCUCCUGUGGAUUCACGCCCUUCCACGAGGUGACGUACCCGUUCGUGGCUCAGCACGUUGUCAGUGAUGGGCAGAACUGGCAUUUCUCGAAGUACCAGCUGGACACCAUGGCAUUCGGACCGGAUUUCUCCAGAGACAAGCGAAAUUUCGCCUGGAGUUCCGAGGAAAUGAAACUCUACGAUUCUAUCGAGGAUGGGAAGCUUCAGGGCUUGAACUCUUCCGUUCUGUCAAGAAUCGUGCAGACGGUCCGAGCGCCGCGGAAGACGGUGGAAGACCCUCGACCUUAUACCGACACGGACGUCGAGGCAGAGUUCCUUGCUCGCGGAGAGAAACUAGCCAAGGACCUAGCCGCGAGGAAGUUCUAUGUGUCCGAAAGCCUGGACUACGAGAUACCUUUGUGGGUGAAGAUUUUCAAGAUGGGUGGUGAAGAUAUGCCAACCUCGCCGACGCUCAAAUGGGAACGACCGCGUCCGAAGGCGCAGCAUAUCUUCCAGUUCAACAAAGAGAUGUACGAAGCAGAAAUCAAGGGCAUCAAGGAAAGGAAGAAGCGAAUCGCUCGGGACAAGUUCUUCGGCCUUCGACCUAUAUGGAGAGAGCCGAGGCCAAUUGGAGUGAACCCGGAUGGACGCAAUUGAGUUCUGCUCCCUUUCGACGAGCCUUACGAGAGU